AUGGCAGCACACAGUCGAGAAAAGCUUUCCUCCCCCUUGUUUUUUUCCGUCCUCUUUGGUCCGGGAAGAGGAGUUUUCUGCUACGCGGUGCUGGUUUUGGUCUGCGCCCUGUGCUAUAGUAACUCCAUACGCGGGGAGUUCGUGCACGACGAUGUAUGGGCUAUCCUUAACAACCCAGAUGUUAGACCGGGGUCCAGUCUACGGAACAUCUUUUUCAACGACUUCUGGGGGAAGCGGAUGGCCGAUAACACCAGCCAUAAGUCCUACAGACCGCUGUGCAUCCUCACAUUUAAGUUGAACGUCGCUCUGGGUGGGAUGAGUCCUCUGUACUUCCAUGUAGUGAACGUGUUGCUGCACUGUGCUGUGAGCUCCCUUCUCAUGUGUGUGUGUGAGAGGUGUGUGUUUGACGACAGCCGGCUGGCCUUCCUCUCCUCCCUGCUGUUCGCAGUGCACCCCAUCCACACUGAGGCUGUAUCAGGGAUUGUGGGCAGGGCAGAUGUCUUGGCCUGUAUGUUGUUUCUCUCGGCGUUUCUCUCCUAUAUUAGGAGUGUUGGCGCGGGUUGCUCAGGGGAAAGUGCGCCCCCUACAGUCUCGUCCUGGUCUCUGCUGCUCAGUCUGCUGUUGGGAACCUGUGCAAUGCUGGUGAAGGAGACAGGGAUCACCGUGUUCGGAGUGUGUGUUCUGUACGACGGCCUAAUACUAAGCCACAAACCCCUCACCUCGUUGCUGAUGGGUGGCAGAAUGAGAGACUUCCUGAGACUUUGUGGUCCAUUUGUCAGGCGCAGCUGUGUGGUGUCUCUCUAUGUGGCAGUCAUCAUGUGUUUCCGUAUCUGGGUGAUGGGCGGCUCCACGCCCCUUUUCUCUGAGCAAGACAAUCCAGCCUCCUUCUGCCCUCACCUUCUCACCCGGUUCCUCACCUACUCGUAUCUGUUGGCCUUUAAUGCGGGGCUGCUGCUAGCCCCCGUCACGCUGUGCUAUGACUGGCAGGUAGGCAGCAUCCCGCUGGUGGAGUCACUGUGGGAUGUGCGCAACAUCGCCACCCUGCUGCUGGGGGUGGUAAUGAUCUGCUUGUGCCUACACUGCCUUACAAACCUGCAGGGCUCACAGAAGCGAGAGCUGUUGGUUGGGCUGCUGUUCCUGGUGUUUCCCUUCAUCCCAGCCAGUAACCUCUUCUUCCGCGUUGGCUUUGUGGUGGCUGAGCGCAUCCUCUACAUGCCCAGUAUGGGGUACUGUAUGCUGGUGGUGCAGGGGAUGAACAGGCUGUGUUCGGUGGUGGGUCGCUGGGGCUCCACGGCCCUCACUGUCUCCAUGCUGCUGCUCCUGCUGCUCUUCUCCUGGAAGACCGUCCAGCAGAACGAGGUCUGGCUCUCCAGAGAGGCGCUGUUCAGAUCUGGCAUCCAGACCCUGCCUCACAACGCCAAGGUUCACUACAACUAUGCCAACUUCCUGAAAGACCAGGGCCGCAGUGCUGAAGCCAUCCACCACUACAAGACCGCACUGCGGCUGUACCCGCGGCACGCCAGUGCCAUGAAUAAUGUGGGCACUCUGACGCACCACCCUGAGGAGGCAGAGGAGCACUACAGGAGAGCACUGGAGAUCAACCCCCAGCACAACAGAGCGCUGUUCAACCUGGGCAACCUGCUAAAGUCUCAGGGGAAAGAGGAAGAAGCGGAACAACUGCUGAGAGACUCCAUUCUGUUUGGCCCGCACUUCGCUGAUGCGUACUCCAGCCUGGCUUCGCUAUUCGCUGAGCAGAAGCGUCUUGCUGAAGCGAAUGACAUGUAUCUGUUGGGUAUUGAGAACUGCCCUGACAGUUCUGAUCUGCACAAUAACUAUGGAGUGUUUCUGGUGGACACAGGUGACAGUGAGAGGGCAGCUGUGCACUACCAGAAUGCCGUGCGUCUCAAACCCACUCACUACGUUGCCAUGGUGAACCUGGGUCGCCUACUGCGCUCCUCCACUGAGAACAAGGAGGCAGAGUCCUGGUACAAGAGGGCGCUGCAGGUGGUGCGGAAGGUGGAGAUCCUGACCCCUCUGGGCGCGCUGUACUACAACACGGGGCGCUAUGAGGAGGCCCUGCAGGUGUACCGCGAGGCCGCCGCCCUGCAGCCCGACAGCGCCCCCAUCUGGCUGGCCCUGGCCCAAGUCCUGGCCAUGGCUGGUCGAACCAAAGAAGCAGAGAAAAUGACAUUCGGGAUCCUGUCGAAAAACGUGGGCUGCAUCGAGUGCUACCGCCUCCUAUCCGCCAUUUACAGCAAACGAGGGAGUCAUAAUGAGGCUCUGCAGGCUCUCGAGAAGGCCCUGCAGAUGAACCCAAGAGAUGAGGCAGUGCUGGCUGAGCUGCACUUCUCCAAAGGAAACCAGCUGAGAGAGAUGAACCUGCUGGAUCAUGCUUUUCAGAGCUACAGGCUGGCUGUAGAGCUCAACCCUGACCAAUCACAGGCCUGGAUGAACAUGGGAGGGAUUCAGCACAUCAAGGGAGACUACUCCUCAGCCCGGCUGUACUACCAGCAGGCUCUGCAGCUCUCUCCAGGGUCCAAACUGCUGAAGGAGAACCUGGCAAAACUGGACCGGCUGGAGAGGCGGCGUGGUGGGGGCGAGGGUGCGGGCGGGACUGGUGGAGGGGUGGAGUUCUGA